CCAUUGGCUGCCGUCUACUUCUCACCUCCUGAUUGGCGGCCGGGUGCCCUCCUGUGGCGCAGUCGUUGUCGCCGUUAGCGCUGAAAUGGCGGCUGCGGACGAGGUCGGCUGUAUCUGGCUGGGUCGGAAGCUUUCAGUCACUACCUCUGAGCCGGCUGGGACGCUCCCUUGUUCCGUUUCCGAGCAGGCGCGCGGCGCCGGGACCGUGUCUCCGCUCAGUAGCGCCGAGACGUGGCCGCUCAAGCGAUAUGGCCGCUUUGUCUCCCCGGGAGCCCCACCUUGUGGGGCGGGAGCUUCGGCCUCCUGGAAGGUUUUGGAGUCAAAUGAAGAAUCAGGCCAUCUUAUUCUCACCAUUGUUGUAUCUGGUCAUUUCUUCAUUUCCCAAAGACGGGCAGUACAGGAAGGUUUUUCAUUAAUUGAUGCCCAUAAAUGGUUGAAGAUAGUAAGAAGAGCAGAUUGUCUGUUGUUUGGUUCAAAGUUAAAAGUAAGUUGCAUUGUUUUUUCUGCUAUUAAAAUCUGGAUGUCAUGUAUUGACUUAAUAUCUGCAAUGUCAUUUUUUGUAUUGAUUUUGGUGAAAUUCAACAGGAAGUUCAAAGGUACAGUGAGUUAUUUGUAUGCUUAGGAUGAAGAUGAAGGAACUCCUUUCCUUUCCU